GGUUGCUGAGAUCCCGGCAGAUCCCGCCGCACCCGCGCGGGAGCUGGUGCGACAGCAUGGGUUGGUCUCAGCGUUUGUUCGGCGCCCUGCGGCGAGCACUGUCAAAGGAAGUGAAGGAGCAAGUGGGCACAGACCGGUUCGGGAACAAAUACUAUUAUAUCCCGGAGUACAAGAACUGGAGAGGACAAACUAUUCGAGAGAAAAGAAUUGUAGAAGCAGCAAAUAAAAGAGAAAUAGACUAUGAAGUGGGGGAUAUCCCAACAGAAUGGGAAGCUUGGAUCAGAAAAACAAGAAAGACUCCGCCUACUAUGGAGGAAAUAAUGAAGAAUGAAAAAUAUAGAGAAGAAAUCCAAAUGAAAAGCCAAGAUUUUUAUGAAAAAGAAAAGCUUCUUCAGGAGAGCAACAAGGAACUUGCUCCACCAGUUCAAACUCAGAUUAAAGGGCAUGCCUCUGCUCCAUACUUUGGAAAAGAAGAACCCUCAGUGGCUCCCACCAGCACUGGCAAAACCUUUCAGCCAGGAUCCUGGAUGCCACAAGAUGACAAGGGCCACAAUCAAUGAAUGUGCUGUGGUAAAAUUUUAUUUAUAUAUGUUUGCCAUGGAGGCUGUUUUGUGCGUGCAUGUGUGCUCACUCAGUCCUGCCCUACUCUUUGCAACCGUAUGGACUAUAGCCCACCAGGCGCCUCUGUCCAUGGGAUUCUCCAGGCAAGAAUACUGGAGUGGGCAUUUAUAAGGAUCUUAAUAUAUAUGACAGAAUUUACAUCAAUUUUAAUUUGUAUAGUUUUCAUUUUAAAAUAACUGUUUUAGAAAAAUAAAAUCUUAGCCAAUAGUUAACAGUAAGAUGAUGAUACUGGCCUGCUAUUAAAGUGGGUACUGUCAAAGUGAUUUUGAGAGGUGAGAAUAAAGUUUGUAGUAAUCCAUCCACAUUACUUCCCUCUAGACUAACAUUUUUAGAAUGACUGGUUAUACUGUUAGGUGGUAUCAGAACAGGGUUCUGAGAACAUUUAGUCCUACAUAAAAACGAGACUAUAAACUUGACCUAAUUAAGACUGCCUUUCUAAACAAUCUUGUUUUUAUACAAGGCUUUUAGGCCAGACACAUGCACUGCAGAAUCAAAAUUUUACAUAAAAUAUUUACUUGUCUACCAUAUUUCAUAUUUUAAAUAGUUGUAUUUGGAGUAUUUGCAAGUUUUCUAAUGGAAGUGUUUUUCGUCAUCUCUUCAAGACAGACUCCAAACCCACACAGUUUUAAGUUCAGAAGUUAAAAUGUUCAUUUUAAAAUAGUGUCAUAUAUGCCUUAACUACUCUCAGAUAAAUCCUUCCUGACUUUUUAUGCCUCUGCUAUACACGCAUAUAGCAUUUUUCUCCCCAAAGCCCUUAUUACACAAAUUGUUCAAGUAUACAUGUAUUGCUUGUUGGGUUUAACCAUAUAAGUCUAGCCUGUUAGAUAUCUGAAAUUAAAAAUUUAAAGAAAAAAAAGGAGGAAAUAAUUUUCCGCACUAUGUUAUCCUUUUUCAUUCCUAUUUUUACAAACAGAUUUGUUAUUUCUUACUUUUAUCAACCUUGAUUCAGUACCAUCAUAUUGAUUUUUUUUAAUGCUAUCUCAUUAAGCACACUGUUUAAAAUGUAACCUGAAUUGACUUAGGUUUUCUCAAACUUAGGCUUUCUCAAACUGUGCUCUUUGAAGAAGGGCAGAAAAGAGGGGAGGAAAGUCUAUGAUAAUCAACAUAACCUAAAAGACUCCAAGCAAUCAUGCAGAAAGGAAUUGCUUUACCCCGUUUCCAAAACUUUUGGUAUUUGAACACAGAACCCCUUUUAAUAUGUUGGAGAAAUACAGAAUUUGUCCUUAUACAUUUAUUACAGAUAUGAAGCAAAUCCAAGUGAGCCUAUAUUCAACUGCAAACAUAAAAAUAAUCAUUCCUAAAUAGGAAUCACACUUCCUCUAACUUAAAACCAGAUGAGGUAUAAAGUGCCCCUAAGGAUAGGUGAGAAGCUGUUUGUUAUAGUGGAUCUCAGCAUUGGGUUUCCAGCUCACUGCAUCAGAAGCCUAUUUCUUUUGCUCACUGUGAUGUCAGGAAGUAAGUUUAAAAUGCCCUUGCACAUCUGAUACAAUAACACCAUACUUAAGUUUACCACAGGGCACUAUGGGUCAAAUUCUGAUACACAAACUUUUGGGGAGGGAGGCAGUAUAAUGUUUGUUAUAGGCAGCCUUGUUUUUCCUUCAAAACCAGCCAUAAAACGUAAUUGAUUAUACUACUAAGAACUUCAGAAACAACAUAAUAGGUUGGUAGUUUUUAAAAGAAGUAUUCUGGGUAACAGUAAAUGGGAUUCAACUGUAAUAGUAUGUUAUAACAAGACUGAUUUUGCUGAAGAAUAUCAAACCUCACAAUAAUUAUCAAACCUCAUAACAAUUAAGUCCCCAACUUAAUUUUUCAACUUCAUGAUACUGAACAGAAACUGUUGAAGUUUGACCUUAUCUCGGGCUAGUGGUAUGCGCUAGGACACUCUUGAUGCUGAGCAGUGGCAUGGAGCCACAGCUGCCAGUCACCCAACUGCAAGUAAACAGCUGAUACCCACACUCAUCCUGUUCCCACACAACCAUCCUGUUUCUCACUUUCAGUACAUUAUUCAGUACAUUUUCAAUCUGUAAUGGGUUUAUCAGGAUGCAAUACAUCCCUACCUCUGCAACACACACAACAUAUAGACACAAAUAUUGUAAAACCUUGUUGAUCUCAAAUGUAUAAAAUGGCUCUAUAAACGUUGGGAAAAGCUGAAGAAACAACAGCCUAUGUCAAAGAACUACAAAAUUGUAUUAAGACCAACAGGAACCACUAGAAACCCUAUUUUAGUUAAAUACCUUUUAACUGUCAAAAUGAACAAUGAAACCAUAGCUUUAGUAGAUAACUAAAAUUUUUAAUUUCAAUAAUACAAAAAGCACAUCCAAGAUCACCUGAAUAACUAAUUUGUAAUGAAACACUGAAUUAUUUCAGUGCCUGGAGUUGCAGUGUAUUGCUUGCACUGGCAUCAGAAAGAAACUGACAACCUAAAGUAAU